AAUAGCGGCCGCCGAUUUGAAUCUGCGGUCUGCCGAUUGAGGAAAGGGAAGCAUCUGCUACUCUACGUUUCAACGCUACAGUCUACAGGAAAAACCAUGAAGUUCUAGAAGGAAGAGUUCCGACACUGAAUCGUUAUCAAGACUAUUUUUUGCAAGAGUUUAUCACUAUGAGCUCGGAAAAGGAACCAUGUCGGCGGCUAUCGUGCUCAGCCUGUUUCGAUGCACUCUGGUUCUGCUACACUCCGGUCCAUCAAAUGCAGCAGUACUAUAGGCUGGGUAAACUUGACAACUGUUCUAAGAAAUGGAGUGCUCUAUAUGACUGUUUGAGACUAAAAACUAAGUCGCAAGCUGAAGUGGAGGAAAUUUUGGAAAAGCGUGAGAAAACCAAGCCUCACAUAUGGACUUUUCGGACGCCAGAAGAAGCAUCGUUGCAUUGGCAGAAGCUUUAUGGGCAUACAUAUGAAAAUGAGUGAAAUACAAAUAAUUGACCAGAUAUUCAUUUUGUCUUUUUUUUCAUUCAAAGCUCAAUUAAUGAUGACAACGUUUUAUCAAUAUGGUAGUCACUAGUGAGAGUUAGUCAUUUCAGCUGGUUGAGCUGAGGAUUUUAGUUUAUGGAAGCUCUAAUGCUUCUUUGAGCAAAUGGUCAUGAUCUUUGUGAACGACGAUACUUGCUUAUAUUGUUGCCAAACUCAUAUAAAUGAACGUAAUAAGGCAAUCAGCAUUUUCCUGUUUGGUAGCACUCC